CAGUAACAACAACAUCCUAGGAAUCAGCAUGAUCCAUUUGGCGUUAGUGGCGGCGGCGGCUUGCGCUGCGUUUGUCAGCGGAGCUCGCUUGGACAACACUUACCUGCCACCCGCGGGCGCCCCAGGCUCAGGUGGCCCCAACCUAAUAACACCCCCAGGAGGCGGCCCUACAUUCCCUGCUCCAGGACCUCGUAGACCAUCAACAAACUACGGAGUGCCAGGAGUACCAGGAGCACCAGGUUUUCCAAGAGGACCAGGAACAGGUGGAGCACCAGGUUUCCCAAGAGGUCCAGGAACUGGAGGAGCACCCGGAUUCCCUGGAGCACCAGGUUACCCAGGAGCACCAGGAACCGGUGGAGCACCCGGAUUCCCAGGAGCACCAGGUUAUCCAGGAGGACCAGGAACUGGUGGAGCACCGGGAUUCCCUGGAGCGCCAGGUUACCCAGGAGCCCCAGGAGCUCCAGGUUUCCCUAGAGGACCAGGAGGAGCACCAGGUUACCCAGGAACACCAGGUUAUCCAGGAGCACCGGGAGCACCAGGUUUCCCAAGAGGACCAGGAGGAGCACCAGGUUACCCAGGAGCACCAGGCGCACCAGGUUUCCCCGGUGGCCCAGGAGUCGGACCAUCCUACCCAGGACCAGCAGGUCCAUCUGGACCCAUCAUCCCUAUCAUUUCCCAAUCCAACCAACCCAACUUGGGAGAUGGCACAUACUCUUACAGCUAUGAAACCGGUAAUGGUAUCCAAGCUCAAGAAAGUGGAAGCGUACCAGCCCCAGACUCUGGAACCAUCGCACAGGGCGGAUUCUCUUACACAUCCCCUGAAGGACAACCAAUCCAAAUUACCUACACCGCUGACCAAAACGGUUUCAUCCCACAAGGUGCUCACCUCCCAACCCCACCACCAAUCCCAGAAGAGAUCCUCAGGGCUCUUGAGAAGAACGCCGCCGACGAAGCUGCCGGUAUCUUUGACGAUGGAACUUACAAAGGAGAAGGAGCCGGUGGCCCAACUCCAGGCUAUCCAGGUGGACCAGGUGGUCGUGUUCCCUCAUAUCCCACUGGACCUAGCCGUCCAUCUCCAGGCUAUCCAGGUACUCCAGGUGGUCCAGGAUAUCCAGGAGGCCCAGGAGGUCCAGGCUACCCAGGUACUCCAGGUGGUCCAGGAUAUCCAGGAGGCCCAGGUGCUCCAGGCUACCCAGGUACUCCAGGUGGUCCAGGAUAUCCAGGUGCCCCAGGCACUCCAGGAGGUAAAGGUUACCCAGGUGCUCCAGGUUUCCCAGCUCCAGGCUCACCAGGAUACCCAGGCGCUCCAGGAGCCCCAGGUUUCCCCGGAACUGGCUACCCAGCUCCCGGACGCCCAGCCCCUGGCUACAGGCCAUCCCCAUCAUAUGACACACCCGGUACAAGCUUCUCUCCAUCCACAGGGUACUCAUACCCAAAACCCGGUAAAUAAGCGACGCUCAAUAAUUUAUUUAUCAUGUAUACGAUUUACAUAUCUCACUCAGUUUUGUUACCAGUACGACUAUACGAUUGAGGCCAUGAUUUUAAUAUAUUUGUACAUAUGUUGCAAGAAUUGUAAAUAAACAACUUUUCAAUA